AUACAUGGAUCAAGUGAUGAAGCUUAAUUUUGUACGUGAAGCACAUGAAAUUAGACCUGCCUGCUGAGCUGGAGAAUCUACCUGCGCUGCUGGCCGAGACUAAAUCACUGGUGGUAUUCUGCCACAAUGACGUCACGGAAGGUGCCAUUCUGAUACUGGAAGACAAGGACCCCAACACCACUGACAGACUCAUGCUGAUUGACUUUGAGUACAGCAGUUACAAUUACAGGGGGUUUGACUUUGGGAACCAUUUCUGUGAGCAAUGUAUGUAUGACUACACCUAUAACCAGUGGCCCUUCUACAAAGCCACACAGGAGAACUAUCCCACCAGAGAGCAGCAGGGUUUGUGA